AGCGUCUUCUCAGUCCAACCGGCGCUUCGUUACAGUUAACGUCUCGACGCUUCGCUGUUCUUUUUUUGUGUGCUCAUUUUAUAGCAAACGAAUCUUACAGUUUAUAACAACUUGUGUGUUGUGGGUGAAUUUUGUUUUAAUCUAAAACACAUCGAGUGUAAUUAACACAACUUACCAACACAAUGGCUGAUACAGAAACGAAGGAAACCAAAGUUGUGAGCUCGCCCGAAAAGAAGGUUCUCGAUGACGAGAAAGAAGUUCCAGUUAAGGAGUCACCGGUGAAAGAGGCUCCAGCUAAGGUAGUCGAAGAAGUUGACGAAGACUCCAAGGAGGCUUCCGAAAAUGGAAACGGCAAAGAGGCCAAAGAAAACGGUUCUAGCGAAGAGAAAGACGUCGAUGAGAAAGAACUUGAAUCGACUAAUGGUGAUUCCACAGACGCAAACAACGACACCUGUUGUAUAAAGAGGAAAUCGAUGGGUGACGCUGUCGACGGUGAUGCCAAGGAAGUCACAUCGCCCAAGAAAGCUAAGCUCGACGACGCGCCUGUAGUCGCAGCGGUCGAAGCUGAGACCAAUGGCGACGCAUAAUCUCAGGCUAGAUGGUGGACGAGCGCGCGUGGAUGCAUACCUUCAUAACAAAAAGCUACAAAUUUCAAACAUCCAUUCAACAUAGAGACCUAAUUAAGAAUUAUCGCAUACACACACCAUUUAAUCCAUUAAUCAUACAAAAAAAAUUUGAACCUCAUUCUUUAUUUAUGACAAAAAUUGCAAAAUACAAAUCAUCCCGCGAGACUAAGUUUUGGAACGAAUGGAUUACGUUAUAUUUAAAUAUAUGUAUAUGUAAUAAGUGUAAUAUGUGUACGAAAAAAUAACCAAGAUACGAUCAAGACAAAUAUGAUGCAGCGCGCUCGCACGCGCCCGGAUUAUGUGUAGUAAUUUUUUCUCCGUGAUUUGGCGCGAGAACGAUAAGAUUUUUCAUCGUAAGAUUGUACUUCAAUAUGGUUCUUAUAUUUUUUGGUAUAAUAAUACUGUAUUAGAAAUAUAGAGCAUGCAUAAUAUUAAAAAUUAAGAUCGUUACUUGUAUAAGGGAUAAGUUAGUAGUGUACAUUUGAAAGACGAAUGGUGCGUCUAUAGUGCUUAUUUAAACAAGAAAACUUAUAUUCUUAUUGUUCACAAACUUAUCGUCUAGAACAUCGAUUGUACAUCUGUCGAAAGAAAUUUUAACUUCUUCGUCGCUAAGUUACAUUCUUGCCGGACGCUUCAAGCGUACGUAGAUGUCAUCAAAUAAAAAAAUUAUCCAUUAAAAUUUAAACAGCAAAAUAUAAUUUAAAAACUUUUGUAAUAACAAUGAUUUUUUAUUUUUCUUUGAAUCCUAGACUACUUACUUUAAUUGCGCAUUCAAUAAACGUUUGUAAUGGACUCUUAAGAAUUGUUCGCUUAAGCGAUGUAGUUAAAAAUUGCUGUCGGAUAAAUUUUGAAAAGUAUUGUUGUCAUUUUCCUACGUAAAACCUUAAGUUUUUUGGUAAAUCUUUGACUUGAUGAUCCUCCUUUACGUCCUCGUAAAUAAGUGACGUACAAUCGUCGCUCAACAUGUCAGCAAAGUAAGAGAUUUUCUUUUUCUUUAUACAUUCCAUCCGUUUUGUAAAUCUGGUUAAUAAAAUAAUUUACAUUAAAAACGAAAAUGAUUGUACGAUAAUGAUCUGUAUUUUUUAUAUCAUGUGUCACUGCGAAAGUAAGGUGGAUUCUCUCUGCAGUACGACCUGGGCAUUCAUCUAUGGAAUGUAGAAUAAAAACAUUUAUAAUAUCAUGCGUACGAUGUCAGAAUAAAAAAAUCUCUUGUUCAGCGCUAAACAAAAAGACAUGUGUAGCGACGAUUUAAAAAAUAUAUACGAAUGAUUUAAAAAUAAUAAACGACUGUAAAACAAAACAA